GUUGUGAGAAAUUCGUCAGCAGCUUCCUCUCAUCAUCGCGUGGAGAAAAUGGGAAGUCAACUUGUUGGUCUUCGCCCGAGUCCGCGUCUCCAUACCCGUGACUUUCACCAAAGAGUCCCCGUAUUGUUUAUGUUUUGUUUGUUUGUUUGGGGCAAGGUGGAUGAGGUUGGGGUGUUUCAGCUCAAAAUUCCAGAGCUUUUCCUUGAUGGGUUUGUGAAAAUUUUCAAUUUUUCUUCAUGGGUUUUGUUGAAUCAUCGUUUUGCUUCAUGGGUUUGCAAGGUCAAUGCUUAAUCUUCAUGGGUUUUUGAUAUCAACGGUUAUGGUAUUGAAAUUGCCUGCCUUCUGCUGAUUUUUUCCGUAACUCUGAUAUGGCUGCUAUUAUGAGAAAACUGAGUCAUGCUAUGGCUUCAAGUGCUGUUCCUGCUGUUCACGGUGAUCGUGAUGACCAUGAAGAUUCUAGCACAGAAUUGGAAUACUCAUUUGCAAUAGAGUACCGUGGUCCUCCUUUGGCUUAUGAUAUCCCAAAUGCAGUUCCUGUUGAUCUUGACCAAAUCCCCACUGCUGCUUCAGUUUCUUCAGCCUCUCUCUUGCACAAUUUAUCACUCCCAGUGAUUCAACCGAUUGCAAAAUCCAACCCUUCUAACAAGAAACCCAGAGAAGAGGCAAAACUUGAAAGUGAAGCAAAGCCAGAAAAGGCCAUUUUUUCUUCCAAUUCAGUAGCCCCUGUUGCACUGGAAUAUAAGAAUGGAGAAAAGGGUGUCUCUAUUUUAUCAGAUAAACUUGGAAGCUCUGGGAAAUUGGGUUUCUCUUGCAGGCUCUCUGGAAGCUUGGGGGAUGUGUUGGAAUUACCUGAUGAUGGUCAAGAAGCUCAAGGCUUUCAAAGUUAUAUGAGCCCUGGUAAUUGGGGAUCGUCAGAGUCUGGUUCAAGCUCACGGAGUUUUUCCUCUGAGGUUUUCUCUGGUAGAGAGGAAGCUGGCGGGGAUGAAACGCCUCACCAUGUUAAAAGGCCAUCAACUGUGACUUUUCGCGAUCCUGAUUCGAAUGACAUAGUUCAGGAAGAAGAAUUUGAACUUUCUGAUAGGGAUGAAAAUGUGCAGGUGAGGCCAAGGGUUGAGAGGAAUGGAACUAAAGGCUCGUGCUCUCGAUGUGGGAAAGGAAACAGACUCACUGACAAGGAGGUUUGCAUUGUUUGUGGUGCAAAGUAUUGUUUUAAUUGUGUGCUGAGAGCAAUGGGGUCAAUGCCAGAAGGAAGGAAAUGUGUUACUUGCAUUGGUUUUUGGAUUGAUGAGUCAAGGCGAAAGAAACUGGGAAAGUGUUCUAGGAUGCUCAAGCGGCUUCUCACUAAGUUGGAAGUUGAACUGAUAAUGAAAGCCGAGAUAUCAUGCCAACCAAAUCAACUUCCAGGAAAUCUUAUUUUUGUGAACGACAAACGUCUUUCACCAGAAGAGCUUGUUCGAUUGCAAGGUUGCAGAAACCCACCAAAAAAGCUAAAACCAGGACGCUAUUGGUAUGAUAAUGUAUCUGGGUUUUGGGGAAAGGAAGGGCAUAAGCCUUGCCAAAUUAUUAGCCCCCAGCUGAAUGUUGGAGGACACAUAAAUCGAGAUGCUAGUAAAGGGGAUACAAACAUAUUGAUAAACGGUCGGGAGAUUACUAAAUUAGAGGCCUUCGUACUGCAGUUGGCAGGAGUCCCGUGUGAAGGAAAUCUUCAUUACUGGGUGAAUGCAGAUGGGUCCUAUCAGGAAGAGGGAAUGAAUAAAGUAAAAGGAAAAAUAUGGGACAAGACUAGUAUAAAGCUGGUUUGUAAUGUCUUGUCGUUGCCAAUUCCUUCUGAUUGUGCACAUGUUUCUGCGGAUGAAGUGAACACCCAGAACUCCGUUGAAGAGAAAAUGCCUAGCAAACUUCUUCUAGUUGGGUAUCAUAAAUCUGGCACAAGCACGAUAUUUAAACAGGCCAAGAUUCUGUAUAAGGUUCCUUUCUCUGAAGAUGAGCGGCAAAAUAUUAAGUUCAUGAUCCAGAGCAGAUUGUACAGUUAUCUUGGUAUACUGCUUGAGGGGCGUGAAUGUUUUGAAGAAGAAUGUUUGCUUGAGAAGAGCAAAGGAAAAGGACAGCUUCUAGAUGAACCUGGCCCUUCAGGGAAUGCAAGCCGGCUUAACAAUAAAACAAAAUAUUCCAUUGGCCCAAGACUGAAAUCUUUUGCAGAUUGGCUCAUCAAAGCUAUGGUAUCCGGUAAUUUAGAAGCCAUAUUUCCAGCAGCUACUCGUGAAUAUGCUCCAUUCGUUGAGGAGUUGUGGAAGGAUCCUGCUAUUCAGGCCACAUAUGACCGGAGGAAUGAAAUAGAAAUGCUACCCAGACCAGCCACUUAUUUUCUUAAUCGGGCUGUUGAGAUUUCAAGGACAGAUUAUGAGCUCUCAGACAUCGACAUCUUGUAUGCUGAAGGAAUCACUUCAUCCAACAGCCUUGCUAGCAUGGAUUUUUCAUUUCCCAUGUCAGCAGGAAAUAGCAAUCUGGAUCCUCCCUAUCAGCAUGACCCUUCUUUAAUAUACCAACUCAUUAGAGUGCACCAUAGCAGCCUUGGAGGAAACUGCAAGUUGGUGGAGAUGUUUGAAGAUGUUGAUAUGGUCCUAUUUUGUGUUGCAUUGACAGACUACGAUGAGUUUUCUGUAGAUUCUAAUGGCGUUUUAACGAACAAGAUGAUGGCAAGUAAGCAGCUCUUUGAAAAUAUUGUUACUCAUCCGGCCCUUGACCACAAAGACUUCCUCCUGAUACUCAACAAGUUUGAUCUGCUCGAAGAAAAGAUUGACGAAGUCCCUCUCAGUCGAUGUGAAUGGUUUGAUGACUUCAAUCCGGUGACCAGCCAAAAUCCCAACAGCAGCAAUAAUAACAGUAAUAACCCCCCAUUGGCUCAUCGAACCUUUCAGUAUGUUGCAAUGAAGUUCAAAAGACUCUUUCGUUCUUUAACAGAUAGAAAGUUGUUUGUUUCACUGGUUACGGCAUUAGAGCCUGACACCGUGGAUGAAGCUCUCAGAUAUGCUCGUGAGAUUCAAAAGUGGGAAGAAGAGGUACCCAGAUUAGUUAAUGAGUUAUCAUCUACUAGCAUUGAUGCAAGUUCUUCUGCGUAAAUGUGAGUAAAUGUGGCUUGUAAGGCCUGCAUCCAUUACCUUUGUUCAAAUUGUUUAUAUACAUGCACUCUGGAACACAGAUAUAUAAGAAUAGAGUUCAGAUUAUUUUCUAUUUUUUUGUUGGUGUUACUUCUCAUAACUUAUGCGGAAGUUGACACGGCCGAUUAGCAAAUGAAUAAGAAUAAUAUCUUUCCAA